UCAAGUUGAUCCGAAACAAAUGGAAUUUACAGUUGGUGAAAUGGAGGGAAAGAAAUUGGAAUUAUCUUUCCAGGACAAAAUCUUUUCUGAAAAUGUCAAUCAGGCUGAUUCCAGUGUAAAAUCAGAUGUUUCGAUUGCAGAAGAUAUUAAUCCUAUAACUCAACAAGAUAUAAAAAUACAUGAAGAAACAAUGCCAAUUCAUGAGGAGCUUGUACAAGACAGCACUGAUGAAAUUAGAGGAGAUUCAGUAUUAAUAAAGAACAGUGAUGAAAAGAAAUAUCAAUUGAUAGAGAGAAACAAUAUUGACACAACUGUAAAAAGUUCCACUUCUUUAAGUAAUUUCACAAGUGAGUUUAUAAAAUGUCAAACAUCUGUUGAUACAAUCCUUUCACAAGAAAAGUGUCUUCAGAAAUCAUCUUCCUGUAAUGAUAUUAAAUUAUCUUCAACGACAUUAUAUGAUACACUGUUAUGUACAUCUUCAGAUACAAUUUCUAAUCAUAAUGUAAGGUCUAUAUCACCAAAUACAAUAUGUAAUGAUGAAGAAGAAAUAAUUUUUAACAAUAAAUUGUAUAUGGAGGAACAUGAAACAAAAUCGUUGAAAAAUAUUGUUGGUGUAGACACACAUGAAAACUGUGAAGUUAAAGAAAAUAUUGGAGAAACGGAAGAAGUAUAUCAUCCUAAUGCAAAUGGAAAAUUACUAGUAAAUAAUGGUCAAGCUCCAAGAAGUUUAGUUAAAUAUGAAAAGAAUUUUAAUGAAGAACAAAAGCUAUGUGAAAUUAUCAAGGAUACUAAGAUACAGAGCAAUGUAAUAUCUAGACCAACUUUGGUCGAUGAUAGCAGAUUGGUGAAAAUUUCACUGCCAACAAAUCCAAUUAAUAUAAUGCAAUCAAAUGCUCAGUUUCUAAACAAAAGUCGUAACUUUUUAAAUUUUAUUACAGAAAAAUCUACAAACAUCAUGGAAAAAGCACUGUUACCACAACAUAUAGCAAUGAGAUAUAAUUCAGUAAUGAAAUCUGUAGAUAAUAUUUGUAAUGAGAAAAGGUAUACAGAAGAAUCUUCUGGCAUGGAAUCCUCUUUGACAGGAUCAGCAUUCAAUAAUACAUCAGAUUCGUUUUUAAAAACAAAAAGUAUUUCUUAUGUAACAAAAGGUCAAAUGGAUGUGCAAACUGUAGAAGAUGAAUAUGUAAAAAAUGAUGAAAAUAAAAACACUUUCAUGUUAAGUUCGAAUGAAACUAUAAGUGGAAAUAUUGAACAAAAUAGUAAAUAUUUAAUUACAAAUGAAUACAUCUUUGAUCAAAAUAAUGUCAUUGAUCAUUCCCCUAAAUUAAAAGAUUCAAAACAGUCAGAAUCCUCUUCCAUCAGUAACAAUGUUAAUAAAACAAAUGAUAAUGUACUUUGUGCAAAUACAAGUAGGAAUCACAAUCUUAAUUUUGUGGUAUUAAAUCCUGGAGGCAACAAUAUAGAGGAAGCUAUUACUGAUACAAUAUAUAAAAAAGGAGAAGCAAGUGCUGAUUUUGAAGAAUCAAAACAGAGUUUGUUGCAACAUCCAGUUUAUCUUACUUUAUUAAAAGACUACGCAGAUUUAAAAUCUAAGCACUUGAAGCUACAGGAAAAAGUUGAACACCUGGAAGAAAGGAAUCGAAUUUUGGAAGCAGAAAACAAAGGAGAGAUCUUUUCUGUGCAAAUAGAAACAUUAGAAAAGACAAUAAACAGACUUACACUUGAAUUGCACACAUCAUUAGAAGCACAGGAAAUGUAUAAAAAAGAGUACAGUGCUGCAAAUAAAGAAAGGGAAAGCAUGGUAAUGAAAUACGCAGUUAGUGAGAAACAACUUAUUGAUACACAAAGGGCGAAGGAAUCUGCAGAACGUAAAGUAAAAGAAAUGACAAUGCAACAAGAGACACUGCAUAGUAAACUACGAGAAAUGCAAGGGGAACGAGGUAGAAUAUGUAAUAUUCUAACUGGAAAACAUCGCGAGGUAACUGAUCUUCAGAGAGAAGUUGAAAAAUUAAAGGAAGAUGUAAAGAUGAGGGAUAUAAAGUUACAAUGGACUCAGAACAAAUUGAAAACAGAAAUGGAUUUGCAGAAGGAAACUCAACAAAAAUUAGACAAAGCCACGAUCAGGAUCAACGAAAUGAAGGAAGAAUGCGAACAAGUCCGCAAAGAAACACAAGAAACAAUGCGAAAAUUUCAACAAUCGGAAGAGAAUAAAGCAGUUACAUUAGAUCAGCAAUUAAAGGAACAACAGGCACGUUUAAUUUUAGAAAGACACGUUACUGAGGAUAAAGAAAUGUUGAGGGUUCAAUUACAAAAGGAAGUAGAUACAUUGAAACACAGACAACAAGUUCUAAUUGAAGAAAACAACAUGCUCAGUUUAAAGAUACAGGAUGUUGAAAAAAACCGCUUAAAUUAUGAAAGUAAUCUGAAUAAUUUGAAAAUUAUAACAGAUCAACGUCAAAAAGAAAUUACAGAACUACUAAGUAAAGUAUCUGAGUUAGAAUCAUUGAAGACUCAGCUUCAACACAAAAAUCAAUACUUAGCAUCAACGGAAGUAGAGAUCCAACAUUUACGUUUGGCUAAUGAAGAAUUACAGGCUGAUAUGUCUGCGUGCCAACAGAAAGAAGCAGAGAUGCUGGACUUCACGCAAAAAUUGACUGAUAAAAAUGUACGGCUACAAUCGGAGUUUACAGCCAUUGAAGCCAAAGCAAAACAAUUAGAACAAGAGCAUGGACCAUUAUAUCAAAGUAUAAGUGAAUUAACUGAUAAAGUAAAAGCACUGGAAGAAAAUCUUGCUCGAGAAAAGAAAGCGAGAAUCGAAGAAAGUGAAGUUUUAGAAAGGUGUCUUAUGGAACAAACGCAGGCAGCGAAAAAUCUUGCUCAGCAAUUGGAAGAUAGUCAAGGAGAAAAUGCGGUGUUAAAGAGGAAACAACAACUAAGUAUGAAGGAAAUGACGCGUGAACUUCAACAGUGUCGGAAAAAAUUAGAUGCGUUCGAAACAUCAAUACCUUAUAAUUCGUUGAGUGUUGCAUCUAGAACUGGAUCAAAUAUUUCAUUAAAUACAGGAGAUGCUUUAAAUGGUGCCUUAUCCGAUAACAGUAUCAAUGGUGACCAAAGUAUACAGCCUACAGAGCCUAGUAGACAAUUGUUAAUAGAUCGUAUUAUAAAGUUACAAGAGAGUAAUGCUAGAAAAGCAGAAAAAAUUGAUUUUUUUGAGGAACACACUCGAAUAUUAGUUGAAGAAUUGCAGAAGAAAAAGAAAAUCAUACAAACUUAUAUUUUACAUGAGAAUAUUGGUGCCAUGGGUGGCAAUGAGAGAGAUAAAUAUAAGCAUAUCAAGAGUAGGAGAAAUGCAGCUGAAUUAGCAAGACAUGGAGGAAUAAUGGCCUCUGUCUACAAUCAACGAGUCUCGGAUGAUAAUAUGACUCUUGAAUUAUCAUUAGAAAUAAAUCAAAAACUCCAAGCGGUUCUCGAAGAUGCAUUAUUUAAGAAUAUUACUCUAAAGGAUAACAUCGAUACUCUCGGUGAAGAAAUAGCAAGGUUAACGAUGCAGAACCAACAAAGGCAAAAUACACACUAAAAGUAUAUUAGGACAACAUACUUGUACUUAUAUUGUAAAGAUAACGAAAUAUCAAAUGCAUGUGUUACAAACGCGGAGAUAGGCAAAUUAUCGAUUAAGAAACUUGGUAUAUAUAUACAUAUACUAAUAUUAACUUUAAUGUCUUAUACUGAAUAUACAUAAAGUUACAUUUUUUUCUAUAAAAUACACAUAAAAAGUCAUCAUUUUAAGUAAAAUUAAUCUUUCACAAUAAUUUGAAAGAUAUAUUCUUUUUCAAUUCAAAAUGGAUAUAAUAAUUUCGUGAUUACUUUUUCAUCCGAAUGUUUUUAAUGUAUUUUUUUAUGUAUUAUAUAGUAGUUUUUAUCAUAUACAUAUUGUAAAAAAGGAACUUUGGUAUAUUAUUUUAGUUCCUUUGUUAUUUAACUGAUAGUUGAUUUCCAUUAUAACUGGUAUUGUGUUUCAGUAUCAAAAAAACAGCUUUAUUAUAUCUAGUCAAAAAUAUUGAUACUUAAAAGAAUUCAUUAAAGUGUUAAAUGCAGAAUAUAGGAUAUUUUUGAUAAAUAUUGGCAUUGUAUUAUAACGUGUAAAAAUAAUUUGUUCUUCACACGAACCCCUGUUUAUUUACUUAAUUAUUCUAUACAAAUUUCCGAUUUUUAAAGAACAUUCCAUAUCGUUGAUAUCAUUAAGAAUUUGUAAUACAUGCCAAUGAAAAUGUUUAGUAAGAACUUAUUAAUAUUGUAUUAGUUUUAUGUAUGUAUAAUACAUUUAAUUUAUUAAAUAAGUAUGUUACAGUAGUAAUUAAGGAUUAUAUAUAUUAUAUCUGAUGUAAAAAUUGUAAACCUCUAUAGAAAAAAAAUAUGACAUGGUAUUGUAUAAAAUAAUUAAAAAAAUAUUCCAAUUUAUUCUAAAUGGACAAAUUUGAAAUUCCUUGUAAAUUAUUUUCAUUUUAAUAUCAUAAAGAAUGAUUCACUUACCGUAUGUGUAUCCCUUACUUAUCAUAAACGAAUACAUAUCAAACAUAUAAAAAUAAUAAUCGAAAAACUUACAUAAUAUAAUUUUUAUAAAUUUAUUCGCAAUAAACCAUAAGAACAUAAAGAUCCCGUAUUACACGAAAUAUGUUAGAAGAAAAAGAUUCUAAUUAUUUCUAAUGCAAUAAUUUUACAAUAAUAAUAAUAAAAAAAGAUUUGAAUGAAGUAGGUUUGUUCACACAUUUAAUGACAACCUGUACUACAUAAUAUAAAGUAUUUGAUUAUAACAAGGCGAAGCAGACCUUGUGAUUUUAUAAUUAUAUUUUUAUAAUUAUAUUUUUCUUGUAUUUUUUCAUUUUCUUUUCUUGUUGUCAGAUAAUUAUGAAACUAUUAUAUUACUUUUACUCCAUCUAAUAAGAGGAACACACCUAUUACUUCAUAGCGUUCUUUUUUUCGAGAAGUACCUCCCGUUAUUUGCCAUAUAUAUAAGACACAUUUUAUUCCUUCGGACAAAUAAUUCUGUUUUUAAACUUGUGUUUUGUUCUCCCUUGUUCUUUACUCUCUUCUUUAAUGGCAUCUUCAUUCUGUAUAUACAUUAUGCACAGCACUUAUAAUUUUACAAAGCAUUUUGCUACCGAAAUUUACAAUCGAGUAAGUAAAUUACCAUUUAAAUUGCGAUUUAAUCAAAAGUAAGUGUAUAUGUUUAGUUCUUACGUAUCUCGCGUGUACAUAGUACAUUUGUAUGUGCUUAUGCGUUUGCACGUGUGUACCUGUGUGUCUAUAUAUAUAUAACAAUCACAUAUGUAUAUGUAUAUAUAUAUGUAAUGAAUAUUGCUUUUUGUACAUCGUAUCGUGGUAUGUAUACACAUGUACGUGAACUUACGUGCCACAUUUCACCUUAUUCUAAGGAUCAUCUUACUCUGAAGAAUCACUGAUUAAUUCGCAGUUUGGACAAUCUCAAGCGAUGAUUUACAAAAACGUUAUGAAUAUAUAACAAUGAUGCUCUGUUUUGUCCAACUACUAACACGGCUCCGUUCAUUAGCCACGGUACGAUUAUCGUUUCGCAAAUUAGCAAACAGUGUCACAAUUUAAUCGGAAUACAUACACGUGAAUUUGAUUGCGACUACUAGGGCGAAAAAUAAUUUGUUGCUCUUUUAGCUUCUUACGACUUGACCUGAAAAUAAUCAUAUUUUCCGCGGUAUUUAACAAAUUUCUACACGGUUUAUUUCAAUUAAUCCUCUCUCUUGAAUCGAAUAACACUACAUUUGUCGUUUUACAAUGCCUUGUGGUUUUGGUACCUUUUAACAGCUACGAAAUCCUUUUUCCUUUUUGUAUAGAGUUUAUGAAACAACAUAAUCAAAAAUAAAUUUUAAUUUUAAAAUCGAUUUACGACAUUGAUCCAGUUGAUUCAUAUAAAUAUGUACUUACAAUUCAAUUUAAAUUCAUAAUCGAUAUAAAUCAAGCUUUGAGACAGAUGAAGAUCGUUAAAGAAGGUGUGAAUGAUUUGUAUGUAAAGUGUUUAACAAAACUGAAUAC